CGUUAACUAAAUAGUUCUUAAUAUUUUCAAAGUUUUCGCUCCGAGCGACGGCGCCGAGUUUGAGCGUGGCCUCAGUGAGCAGCUAAGCUGCCCCCGAGCUAUUUUUAGUUCUUGUCGCAAAAGUGUGCUGGUGUUUUAGAUCCAUGAUAUACUACGAAUGACAAUAAUAAAUUCGCACUACCGUAUUUUUCGCUGGAUGGGGUAGACGGAAGAGUACUUGCAAACCUAAGACAUUUUGGUACCCUAAGAAAAGAUCUCUCAAGAUGGUCAGCAGUGCUGCUUUAUCAGAUGACAUUAACUACGUCGAAGGACCAGAGGGACAGGUGGUGGUUGUGGUCCAGCCGAAUCAGAGGAGAGUAGGAGAGAUGUACAUUGUCAUUGAACACAUAGGAUAUACCCUUUGCUCCAUAUCGUGGGGCGUGGUUGCUCUUCCUUUCACGAUUAUUGGAUUUUCGCUCAUCUGUGUUGGUCUGUCCAAGAUGAAGAGCGAUCCAGGGCAUUAUGUGUUGACUGUUGGCUUAGUCUUCUUUCACAUCGGUUUGGUGACGACCGCCCUUUUCUGCAUAUCGAUGUACUGCUUCAAAAAGGAACAGAAGAAGAAGGUGGCAAAGUUCAUGUACAAUCCCUCCCAGAGGUCCCCUGCGGAAGACCAGCAGCCAAUGUUACCCGCAAGCAUAGAAGAGGCUCGAGGAGAGCUGACGCCUUACCAGCGCUUCUUGUUGCACAGGGGGACUGAAGUAAAUUCAUCUGGCACCUCGCCCCCUGGUGUCCAGACACCUUUCACUGUACCAGUGUCGAACGUCCCUCCAGUGUCGUCCUCUCCUUUCCAGGAAAGGAAUUCUUUUACUGACGACAGACGAACAGAUCGCCUGAUGGGCUCGGGCUUACCACAGAGCAGUGUUUCACUAAGCGAGCCAAACAGAAACUCCAAUGGCUACAGAAUACUUCAGAGCGUUUUGGAGGAGCCUUCAGUUAGGAACGAUGGGUCUCAUUACGCUCCACUCACGUCGGAAGUGUCAUUAGAAGAUAUCCUCAGCAGCGUGCAGACUUUUUCGCCUUCUUCUUCUGAAGCUCUGAAUGGCGGGACAAGAUCACCCUUUCCUAAUCGUGAAGGUUCUCUGAUAACGCCUGCCGUGUCUUCUGGCCGGGAAAGUCCGUACGACAAUUGUUUUUCACUGACGUGACGACUUGGACGUGGAAGGAUCUUAGCAAUGCAUAAAUUCCUAUUUGAAAA